AUGAAGUUCAGCGAAAAGGACCCCGCUGAAAACAAAGAGAGCCGUGCAGCGCAAAAGAACACGGGCUGGACCUGCUCUCUCGUGGGGGCCUCUCUUGUGGGUGCCUUCGGCUCCUCGUUCCUCUAUGGCUACAACCUCUCGGUGGUCAACGCCCCAACCCUGUACAUCAAGGCCUUUUACAAUGACUCUUGGCAAAGAAGACACAGACAACCAAUAGGCCCGGACACUCUGACUCUGCUCUGGUCUGUGACUGUGUCCAUAUUCGCCAUCGGAGGACUCGUGGGGACGUUAAUGGUGAAGCUGCUUGGGAAGCUCCUGGGGAGGAAGUCCACUUUGCUGGUCAACAAUGGGUUUGCCAUCGCUGCUGCGUUGUUGAUGGCCUGUGCCCUCCAGGCUGGAGCCUUUGAGAUGCUCAUUGUGGGGCGCUUCAUCAUGGGUGUGGAUGGAGGCAUCGCCCUCAGCGCGCUCCCCCUGUACCUGAACGAGAUCUCGCCCAAGGAGCUGCGUGGCUCCCUGGGGCAGGUGACGGCCAUCUUCAUCUGUGUCGGCGUGCUCACUGGCCAGCUGCUGGGUCUGCCCCAGCUCCUGGGAAAGGAGAGUGCUUGGCCGUACCUGUUUGGUGUGAUCAUGGUCCCGGCCGUCGUCCAGCUAGUGAGCCUUCCGUUUCUCCCUGAGAGCCCACGCUACCUGCUCUUUGAGAAGCAUGAUGAGGCGGGAGCCGUGAAAGCUUUCCAGACGCUCCUGGGCAGAGCUGACGUCUCGCGGGAGGUGGAGGAGGUCCUGGCAGAGAGCCGCGUGCACAGGAACGUGCGCCUGGCAUCCGUCCUGGAGCUGCUCAGAGAGCCCUCUGCCCGCUGGCAGGUGAUCACCGUGGUCAUCACCAUGGCCUGUUACCAGCUCUGCGGCCUCAAUGCGAUCUGGUUCUACACCAACAGCAUCUUCGGGGCAGCCGGGAUCCCUCCGGAGAAGAUCCCCUACAUCACCCUGAGCACAGGGGCUGUGGAGACCCUGGCCGCCAUCUUCUCUGGCUUGGUCAUCGAGCGCCUGGGGCGGAGACCCUUGCUGAUCGGUGGCUUUGGGCUCAUGGCUCUCUUCUUUGGGGCCCUCACCAUCACACUGACACUGCAGGACCGUGCUCCCUGGAUCCCGUACCUGAGCAUUGUGUGUGUCCUGGCUGUCAUUGCCUCCUUCUGCAGCGGGCCAGGUGGCAUCCCAUUCAUCUUGACUGGUGAGUUCUUCCAGCAGUCCCAGCGGCCAGCAGCCUUCAUCAUCGCAGGCACGGUCAACUGGCUGUCCAACUUCACAGUUGGCCUCCUCUUCCCAUUCAUCCAGAAAAGCCUGGACACUUACUGUUUCCUGGUCUUCGCCACCAUUUGUGUCACAGGUGCCAUCUACCUCUACCUUGUCCUGCCUGAGACCAAAAACAGAACGCACUCAGAAAUCAGCCAAGCAUUCGCCAAAAGGAACAAGGCCUAUCCACCAGGGGAGAAGAGCGAUGCAGAGCCCUCCUCCGCAAUGAACAACUACGCUGAGAACGGGAUCGUCUAA